UACGAUCUCUUCACGCCAUAUUUGCUUGAGAUCGGCAAAAUGGCAAUUCGAUAUGAAAUGGCAGUGGGCCUUAAUAAAGGCCACAAAGUCACCAAAAAUGUCAUGAAACCCAGACCUUCAAGGAGAAUUGGGGUUCUGAACAAGCACAUCAAGUUCAUCAGAGACAUUGUGCGUGAGGUGUCGGGAUUUGCUCCAUAUGAAAGAAGGUGCAUGGAAUUGUUGAAGGUGUCCAAGGAUAAGAGAGCUCUAAAGCUGGCAAAGAAGAGGCUGGGCUCCCACAAACGUGCAAAGAGGAAGAGAGAAGAAAUGCAAAAGAUUAUCCAGGCACAGAGAAAGGCUGCUCACAAGUAGACCAACAAAUCAUGAACUGUCAUAUUCUGGGUCUUUUCUGUACACUUUUGAAUUAAACUGGAUUAAAAUAACUGGAUGUACAUACGGAAAAA